UAUGAGAGCUCUUACCAUAAUUUGCUUAGUGGCUGCCGUAUUUGCUUUAGAUACAAAUAAAUUUGCUGUCCUUCUUUAGGCAGGAACAAGAGGAAAUGAUGCUGUCGAAUCAGUUUACAACCUUUUGCGAGAUCUUAAAACAGAGAAUGUUAAUGUCUAAGCUGCUGCUGAUAAAAAGAAUAACACAGAUGAAGGUAUCUUAAUACUCUUAUAUUCUAAUAGAAAUCUUCUCUUAAGUUAUUGGUGACCUGACAAAUGUUGCUUCACUUAACAAAUAAUAAUGGGAAGCUUUAGGAGCUGUCAGAACAGAUGUUGAAGCCUAAAUUAGAGUAUACUUUAUACAUAUUCUUAGGAUGGAUAUUCAUGGUUAACAUGGGCUGAAUCAAGACUUGCUGAAAUCGAAAGAAGAAAUGCUCAACUUCAAGAUUAAAGAUGUUGGGCCAAUGGACUUUUUGUUAGAUCUCUUGCUGAUCAUGCUGAUGCUAUUGGUGUUGUUUAACUCUUGGAAUAAGAUGUUGCAGGUUUUCUCACUAAUAAUGCUGGAGUCGAACUUGUUGAAAAAGCUUAAACAAUUGCUGAUAAAUUAUCUGCAUACAGUCACCUUUUCUAAUAAGAUGCACUUUAAAAAUUCCAAUCACUUGCUGAAGUGAAAAGAGAAGGAACUACAGGAGAAUAAGUUCUUGCUAUCUUAUAAGAUUUAUAAGGUGAAUUGGAAUCCACUCUAGCAACACUCUAAGAAUAAGAAAUCCAUGCUGCUUUUGCAUUAGCUAAAUAUGUUUCAGAUACCAAUGCUGAAGUCGCCUGGUUAAAUUCUGAACAUGAAAGAAGAACUUCUCUUGUUGAAAAAUUAGAAACUGUAUCAGUAACAUCUAUUUCUCAAGUAACUCCCUGCCGUCCUUGCUCAAUAAGCUAAAGCCCUCAAAUUGUGGAAAGAUUCUUUGAAUGCAGUUGCCGGAGCUACUGCUGAUUUGGAAGAAAAGAGAGAAUUCUAUGCUUCUGAAACUGCUAGAAGAUAAGGUAUUAUUCUAAUUCAUUUCAAGAGGAAAACGCUAUCAUCGAUGUUGUCAUUUAACUCUUCAAAGAUUAAGUCAGAUCAUUAGCCUCAUAAACUUCCCUUGGAAGAAAGUGAU